AUGUUAACAAGGUCACCGAAUUUUUCGCCUCCCGCCUCAUCAAAGGUACCCCCAAAACAGCCGGAUGAGAAUAUGCUUGACGGAACACCCAUAUCAAGAACACAUCCUAAUCUUGGUCUUCUUAAUCUGGCAAACCUUGUUAACCACCAGAAUCCACGUUCUCGUAACGGCGAACAACACCCACAGCGCUUUCAAGGUCAGCAGAAUUCGCAUCAAAACAAAGAUUUAACCCCAAAUUACAACGAGGCAAAAUUCAGCCUUGCCCCCACGCAAAGAUUUUCUUUAUCGGCGGUGGGAAUGGAGCCUGUCAUUGGAGCCGCUUGCCCCCAGAUACCAGGGGAUCAAGCUUCAUCGCUUAAACUAAAGGAUCGUCUUAUGGAGCUUUAUUCUCUUUGUCUUUCAUUUUCAUCUCCAUCGGCACAACAUUCCUCGUGCGAUUCUGGUCCUUCCGAGGGUACUCAAAGCUUUCCUCAGAACCAACCUGUGCAAGCUGCACCUCAGAAUGCAACUUCAAAUGUGCAGCCGGAAAACAAAAUUGACAACUCUGCUGUUUCAAAAGAACCAAAAAAGGCGCGCAGGGUUCAGGUGCAAAUUGCAUGUGAAAGGCUUGUAAAAAGUGUGAAAACAGCAGGCCUUGCUUCAGGUGCAUUUCCAGGGGCCUGGAAUCCCAAUGUGUUAAUUCAGAAAGAAAAAGAAGAACAAAGGGAACCCAACGAGGUCCGUAUAAGCGUUUAA